AAUUCAGUAGGGUUUCAUCUGUAAAAAAAAACAUCACUUUCUGCUUGUUUUCCAUUUCCAAGUGAAUAAUCAGUAUAAUGAAUAUAACAACAGUUCACAUCCAUCUUGCAAUUUUCUUCCUCCUCUUGAUUAUAUCGACAACAUCACUUCCAACAGAAUGUAAAACUCCGUUAGACUUGAAAGUCCAGUUCGAGAAACUGUCCAAGGCACCCGUUGGCAAAAAGUUUUUUCUGCCGGUUGAGAUGGUUUCAGCCAAUAAGAAGCAAAAUCUGAUCGUCGGAGAUAUGGAUUGUCCAACAUCUGCUUCUGUUGAUGAUAUCAAGGAGCAUUCGAGCUGUCCUUGGUUCUCGACUACUACCCAAGAUUCAACAGUUUUCCCUUCAUCACGUACGGAAGUAAUAUGUCGCUGUAGAGAUUGUCUAGACUCUGACAACAAUCAUCAAUGUGUAACAGUAUACACUAAACAGUUUGUUCUCAAUCGUACAGAUGAAUGUAUUGAUGGCAUGUAUGUGUAUAAACCAGCUGUGAUUGAUGUAGCCUCAUCCUGUAUAUGUGCUGAUAAAGUCGAUGUGAUAGUCAAAGGACAACUUUGAGCCUUAAAUACAGACAACUACCAAAGCUUGAAAUGACA